AUGGAUGAGAUCUGGGAAAGAGCAGUGGAGACAGCAUUAGAGGGGCAAACAGAUAACUUAGCGGUAAGAAAUCUAACCCUAGACGGUGCCGUUAAGUGUAUACAAGGAAGAUUACCAGCGCCAAGUUUAUUCGAAAAAUUCGAGAAUCUUCAACAUCUAUCUAUAGCAAAUACUGGUGUUUCAACGUUAGAGCAAUUUCCUCGUCUUCGAAAUCUACAGAAAUUAAUAUUAUCCGAUAAUAGAAUAUCCGGUGGUUUAGAAUUUCUUGUAGAAGCUGGACUCGAUUCGCUUCGGGAUUUAGAUUUAUCAAAUAAUAGGAUUCAGUAUAUUGAAGAUCUAGCUCCUUUGGCGAAGUUAAGGUUGGUUUCGCUUGAUUUGUACGAGUGUCCGGUUACGAGAGUGAAGGAUUAUCGGUCUAGGGUUUUUGGAUUGAUUAGUUCCUUGAAGUAUUUGGAUAAAAUGGAUGCUGAGGAGAAUGAGAGACCGGAGUCAGAUGAUGAGGAGGAGGAUGAAGAGGAGGACGAGGAAGAUGAUCCAGGGAGUGGUGAGGUUGAUGGGGAGGAAAAGCCAUUUAGGAUGAAUAACGGGCAUAGUGAAGUUGGGGAAGGGAUUGUUGAUGUGGAUGAGGAAGAGGAGAGUGAGGCGGAUGAGGAGGAGACAGAGAUGGGGAGAGAGAGUAACGGGGUUAGGCAAAAUGGGUUCCGGGUUGAGGUUGUGGACAGGGAGGGGGAGGGUGGGGAAGGGGAGGGGGAGGAGGAUGAGGAGGGGGAUGAGUUUGGGGAAGAGGAGAUUGAUGAGGAGGAUGACGAUGAUGACGAUGUGGUGGAAGUACAUGAGAUUGGUGAUGAUAGUGAUGAGGAUGAUGAUGCGGUGGAGUAUGAGGAGGAGGAUGACGACGACGAUGAUGACAAUGAAGAUGACGAGGAGGAGGGGGAGGAGGAUGAGGAAGAGGUGGAUAAUGACGAAGUGGAUCUUGGUGAGCCGGAGAGUACAGGAAGGUUAACGAGUACGGAAGGGGAGAUUGAUGGGCAUGAGCAAGGGGAGGAUGAUGGUGAAGAGGAUGAUAAUGGGGAGACUGGUGAGGAGGAGCAAGGUGUUGAGGAUGAUGGAGAGUUUGAUGAUGAGGAAGAUGGUGAGGAGGAGGAUGAAGAUUCUGAUGCAGGGUACCUUGUUCAACCAGUGGGGCAGACAGAAGUUCAUGAUGCUGGAGGUAGUGACAUGGAGGCAGGGAAUGAAGAAGAUGAUCCUGAAGGGGAGGAAGAAGUUGACGACGACGACGAAUUAAAGGAGCUACCAUCAUCCUCACAUCUUAAGAGGAAGAGAGAUGAAGAUGAGGAGGACGAGGGUGAGGAGGAGGAUGAUGAUGAUGUUGUUGAGUAUACGAAGUCAUCAUCGAAGAAGCCCCAUUAG